AUGAAGAGGGAGCUGAAUAGGAAUUACUCAGAGGUGGCUGAAUUCAUUCUGUUGGGAUUUAAAAUCCCUCCAAAGCUACAGAUCCUCUUAUUCUUAGUAUUCUUGUUGAUCUACAUGGUCAUUGUAGUGGGAAAUGUCAGCAUGAUAAUUGUCAUUAAGGUGGACUCUAGACUUCAAACACCCAUGUAUUUCUUCCUUAGAAACUUGUCUUAUUUAGAUCUGUGCUAUUCCACAGUCAUUGCACCCAAAACUUUAGCCAACUUCUUGACCAAUGAAAAGAAGAUUUCAUAUAAUGGCUGUGCAGCACAAUUUUUCUUCUUUGCCUUGUUUGUCACAACUGAAGGCUUUCUUCUGGCUGUAAUGGCCUUUGAUAGAUUCUCAGCCAUUUGCUACCCUCUCCUUUAUCCUGUGCAUAUGUCCCCAAAAGUCUGUAUUCAGUUGGUAGCUGGAUCCUACAUCUGUGGAUCUAUCAAUGCCAUAGUACAGACCAGCUUCACCUUCACUUUGCGUUUCUGUCAAGAAAAUAAACUGGACCACUUCUUCUGUGAUGUUCCAGCACUGAUCAAGAUCUCCUGUGUUGACACCAUUGUGAACAAGAGUGUGCUGUUUAUUCUCUCUGCUCUUAUCAUAAUCACCACCACAGCUGCAAUUCUGGUUUCCUAUGCAUACAUCCUCUCGACUGUCAUGAAGAUUCCCUCAACCCAAGGCAGGAGUAAGACCUUCUCCACCUGUGGCUCCCAUAUAGCAGUAGUGAGUUUAUUCUAUGGAACUGUAUUCUUCAUGUAUGCUCAGCCCAGGGCCAUCUCCUCACCAGAGCAAAGCAAGAUUGUGGCUGUGUUCUACACUCUUAUAAUACCAAUGCUGAACCCUCUCAUAUAUAGUCUGAGAAACAGAGAUGUGAAAGAUGCUGUGAAAAGAAUAUUAUGUGGAAAAUGGCCCUCUCCAUGA